CGGUGUAUGGUUGUGUAUCAAACAUACAUCGGAGCUAUGAAUGAGAACAUAAAACGGCUGUUCCGCCAACGCAUGGCCGAGGCUGAAGCUAGAGGAGACAAGAGUGUCACCGCUGGCCCCUGGGAUUUCCGUUUUGUUCGAAGUCUAAGGAACCUCGACCGUUUUGAAGAUGUUGGAGGAUGCGUAAUGCUUGCUUCUCCCGGUAUGCUCCAAACCGGAACCAGCAGAGAGCUUCUAGAGCGGUGGGCACCAAAUGAACGCAAUGGUGUCAUCAUGACAGGUUACAGCGUUGAGGGUACCAUGGGAAAACAGAUAAUCAAUGAGCCCGAACAGAUACCAGCUGUUAUGAGCGCCAAAAAUGCUGCAGGCCCUAGUGAUGAUCAGAAAAUCAUGAUUCAGCGAAGGUGUACCGUCGAUGAGAUUAGUUUUGCUGCCCACGUUGACGGUGUGGAGAAUAGGGAAUUUAUCGAAUCAGUCGCUGCCCCCGUCGUCGUAAGUUAACACGCAUCUUGAAUUUAGCUCCUGAAGCUAAUGUAUAACACUACAGAUCCUUGUUCAUGGAGAGAAACACCAAAUGAUGAGGCUGAAAUCCAAACUUUUGAGUUUGAAUGUAGACAAAGAAGUAAAGGUCAAAGUCUACACUCCUGCAAACUGUGAUGAAGUCCGUAUCCCAUUCAUGGUUGACAAGGUUGCCAGAGUCGUCGGUCGACUUGCAGAGACUUCACCACCCAUAGGCCAAGAUGAUUCUCGAUUAAUGGAUGGCGUUCUCGUCCAGAAUGGCUUCAAAUUAUCGAUGAUGGCCUCUGACGACCUUAGAGAAUAUGCCGGACUCACUACAACCAUGGUUACUUGCAAACAGUAUAUUACCCUCAGCACCGCAAGUAUUGAUCUUAUACGCUGGGCGUUAGAGAGUACCUUCGGUCUGAUCGAAGAGAUCAACUCGCCAUCGAGUGAAGCCGUGAAGGGCUCUAAUGGCGAUGCAAGCGAAACGCAGGAUGACUCGGUAAUCAAAAAAGGUGAAGAAGCGGACGAGGAGAUACCUUCUAGAGAACUAACCACAUACCUAAUAAUGGGCUGUGUCUUCGUGAAGUAUAAUCCACAACGGCGCGAAGUUGAGGUAGAAUGGGAAGGCAAUAUGAUGAAUGAUGGUGUUGCCGAUGCUGUUAUGGCAGUAUUGCUCACAGUUGAAAGUAGCCCCGCAGCUGUUAAACGUUCGAGUAAAAAUAAGCAGUGCCAUAACCAUGCGCCGCCACUCCCAAGCAAUCCCCAUUCUCAGCUCACUCCUGACGAGCGUUUUAUGCGUCUAUGUAUGAUCCUGGAGGCCCAGUUUGGGUCGGAAAUUGCUGCCAUCGAACGCCCGAAAUUAAAAUACCAUGGAGGUCGGAAAGAAAGAUUUCCAUCUGCAGCCGAGGACGCAAGUAAGGUCGACACUCCUGACAUUGAUGAACCCGAAGAUGAAGAGGAACUCCGAGAAAUGGAAGAGCUAGAGCUAGCCCGUCUACAGUCUCUCGGCAUACCUGUACCCGGGAUUGAAAUUAAGGUUGAUAACCACGUUGCUCGCGUCUGGCUUGAGACACUCGAGGUUGAGUGUUCCUACCCUGUGUUAAGGGACCGUGUUAGGGUGGUGGUCGAGAGGGCGGUUGAAACCGUUGCCGACAUGUGGAAUACGAAAGCUGGUAGUACCAUGCCAGUCAAGGGUAUUCCAAAUGGGUCUAACACGAUAAAGACCGAGCAGGUUGUUUAGUUCGCUCAUCCGCUCCCUCGAUUUCUCUUCAGGUUAGCCGCCCAAGUUUGAGUUUCUUCCAUUUUACCACAGAUACGGGAGUUCCGGAGACUUGGAUAGAGUAACCAUUCUCUACUGUAUUAAUAUAACCUGGCUACAUUGAAAACAUUGACAUGUCGUUUGGCCUUUUUUCUCGACCUUCCCAUGCCAGCCAACAGCUACAGGGCCAACACUGUAAUAAUUAUUAUUGGUAAGAGACAAGAUGCCCACGUACAAGCUAAUGCCAAAAUAUAAUACCCAUCUCUUCAAUCAUCUCUUCUCUCUCUCUCUCGGUUUACUAUCCUCGUCUCGCAGUUAAAUAACGUUAAUUGAACAAUUUAAGGUUCAUGCAUAUUAUUAAUCAACUUGAAUUGGGCACGUGAUACAACGGUUAAUAUAUUAUCCGUUCCGCCAUUUGCCGCGCGGGACGGAUCGCUCUGAUUGGCUAACUCAAAGUAGCAACUCCUCGCGUUUCUUCUGGUCGAUCAAUCAAAACCGUUACUUGGAUAUCGACACUCGUUUUCCCUACAUUUAUAUAGUGCUGACUCCUGGAGCUCAUGGCAAUGCUAUCUCUGCGCCAGCUUCAUUGAUCUUCAGGCCUCUAUGGAGCA